AAUACUGCGCAUACUUUAGGCGUCACUACACGUCUCGGGGUGACGGGGGUUCUAUUUCGGGAGCGCGCACCUCAUACUAAUGUCGAUCCAACUGGGCACUCCUUUGUCUUAUUAAAAGUAUAUCGGUCAAUGCGUAAAUAAUACAAGUUCGUUUGAUUAUAAAAGUAAUCCAAAAUGGGAAAUCUCCUCAGUGGUGCUUCGGCCGAGGACGCUGCAACCUCGAGUAAUAUUCGUAACAUGGAUAGUGAAAGUGAAACAAUGGAAGACGUAAGCGUAAGCUGUUUACGUGAUGGCAGUGAGGUUGCUACCGAAGAACACUUCUAUGACACUGUUAGUGACGACGACGGAACACGUGCUAAGAUGAAACAAGAAGAAAUGAGUGAGUUCAGAAAAGAAAUGAACAUUAAACGCGAGCAAAGAAGAGAAAUACUCGUAAGACACAGAACAGAAAAGAAAGAGCUAGAGAACGCUUUACAUAACGAAAUGAAAUCCAAGAUUGAGCUGUGCGAAAGCAAUAGACUACUUCGUGAAUUACUGUUGAAAAAUAAUAUUCAAAUCCCUGAAGAUCUUCAGUGCGAUCAACAACCGUCUUACAUUACAGACUCAAUUUCACACAUGGCAGAAGAAAUCGAGAAAUUAAAAUCGACCAAUGUCGCAUUGAGAUGUGAUUUAGCGAAAACGAAUAAUGCACUCCAAGCCGCAUAUUCGGAUGUGGCAGAGUUGAGUGCUCAGAACAGUGCAUCUAUCAAGCAAGUUAAUGCUCUUAAGGAAGUGAUUACCGUUAGUAAGACUAUGAUAGGACUUAGGGAACAGCAACUGAAUGAGUUAAAAAACAAACUCAACGAAAUCGAGCAAUCCUUAGCUGACAGAGAAACAAGCAUGCUUUCAACCGAUCUACGACAAGAAUAUGAAAGGCAAUUACAGAAUAUAAGGACAUUGCGUGGACUUUACGAAGAACGAGCAAGAUUGGCUGAUGUGUCCAGACAGGCACUCUCAAGAGAACUUGAUGAACACAAAGUAUUAUUGGAAGCCGAGAUUAAUAAGACUAAAGAUCUCACUGCAAAAGUUAACGAUCUCGAAGCCAAGGUCAAUGUUUUAGAAGAAACUGUUGAAGAUAAAAAUAAUUUGAUAGCAUCGUGCCAACGAGAAACCCGAGGAAUAAAGGCAGAGAUGUCAGUCGUAAACAAAUUAUUUUCUCAAGUGCUGCUAGGCUAUAAAAACAAGCAGGAUCUGGACAUGCUGGUACAUCGACUUGAAGAAAACCAUGGGAUACUCACUCAAAUGGCAGGAAAAGAAAAUAGUUCGGAAGCCUCUUCGGAGUUGCCUAAAUUGCUAUUGGAACUCGUUAGCCAAAUUGACGAGCCUAAUACAUUCAAUGAAACUGCGAUAUCUGACAGUGUAGAGGCACCAGGUGUACAAAAUACUUCUGCCGAAGAAAUAGUAGAGAAUCUGCCAAAGGUUUGGCGCGUGCUCAUUGAAUUGCUCAGCCAUCAAAGUGAAACAGAAUCAAAAACUACAGAAAAAGUAACAACUUGUUACAAAUCCGUCGAAACGAAAUCAGGCCCAGUUCUAGUGCCAAGUGUUAGUCAAACCUAUAUUAGGCUUAAGGAUCUGAUAUUAGAAAAGUUGACCUUGAUCAAAGAAGUUAAUCGUAUGAAACAGCUAAACACUCAUUUGGAGUCACGUCUAGAAGAGCAAGAGAGAAGACUGUGUCUUGUAACAAGCGAACUAAGCAAAACAUGGAAUGUUGUCGGAAGAUUACGACGUCAUCAUCAUCAGCUCCACACACAUGAAAAAAUUCUAAAAUAUGAAUUGCAGCAGAAAAGGAAAUUACUGAAUGAAUUGAAAGAGGAGCUUGAAUACUGUCGCGAAAAGUGGGAACAAGCGAGAGAGAAAAAUACCCAGUCAGAAAAGGACUGGAAAAAGCUACGAGCUGAAUUCUCUAAUAGGAAACUCAAACCAGACUUAGCUUUAAUUAACAAUUCAGCUGAAAGUGGUUACAGUGACGAAAAACCAUCUGAUGAAUCAUCUGAAUCUAACGAUGAAAGCGAAUAUGUAGAACUGAAAGUAAAGUGCAAGAAAAAAAUGAAGAAAUCAUUUGAAACAAACAUAGACUCGAGUGCUGAUUUCAAUUUAGCUGCCGAGAGAGAAGAUCCAGUCAGCGAUAUGCUAGACGUAGCAGAUCUUCCACUUGAUACUCAAGACGAUAACCAUGAAUGUGAUGAUGUAUCUGAUUCUUUUAAUAGUGAGAGUUUAUUCAAAAACGACAAAUUGUGUGAAGAAACUGAAGAUGAAGCGGCAGAUAUGACUAAUGAAGAUCAUUCCAUUGCUGAAAGAUCUCCAGACUGUAGUAUCAAAGAAGACGUGGUUAGUAACGAAACUACUCAUAAUAAUAGUGAUGUACCUGGAACAUCUACUUCUACUACUAACCUACUUAUGACUAUUGACCCAGCUGCAAUAUUAAAAAGUAUUAGGGAACAAAAUGAAAGACUGGCUCUAAGAGAUAAAAGACUUGAAAAACUAGAGAAUAGUGGCAGUAAUUUAUUGAAAAAAACGCAAACGAUUGCGAAGUUUAGUGACCAAAUUAAUAAUACAUUGGACAAUAUACUUAACCGACCAACAUCCGGCAGACAGUGUGAUGAUGAAAAAAAUACUUUUGAAGUAGUUUUAGAUAACCGCACUACCACCGAAAAUAUACAAUCUGAAAAUAACACUGAAGAUACUUCAAACAUAGAAGAAAAUUUCGAACAUUCUAAUGUGUUGGAUCAUCCCUCUGAAAAUUCUAACCAGCCAAAUCCAGAAGAUGAAAUCACGACAAAUAUUGCUUCAACAUCUCUACAAGUAAUAAACACCUUAACAGAUGCCCAGAAUCUGAACUUUAGUGCAAUAUUAGAAAAUGUAAGAAAACAAAACGAACGUCUUGAACUAAAAGAUAAACGGUUAGAAAAAUUAGAACAAGGGUGUUCUGAAGUGGUUGAAAAUAUUUCAAAUACUCUCAAUUUUGAAUUAGCUACAAUUGCUAAGCUAGACGAUUUACAUGAAAAAUUUAAUGCAAAGGAGACAAAUUCGCUCCAUGAACCUGAUCCUAACGAAAUUUUUGAUGUGGAGUCUGAAAGCACUAGCAUUACAAAUACAGAAGAACCAUCAACAUCAAGAGAUAUAGAUCACGAAGCUAGAUUUGCUGCUCGAGAUCUCCGCUUAAAGAGACUUGAAGAGCAAACUAAAUCUCUGGUAAAAAAAGUUAACAAAACUACAACAAAGGGAGUAAAAAUCAAUUACAAGUUAGAGGAACUACAUAAUAUUUACGGUUCCGAAAACUCUAGGUCUGGUACUCCUUCGGAAGAUACUGAAGAUAAUUCACAGAAUGAUGACGACGUACCAAACGAAUAGACUUUCAUCAUUUUGCACUUUUAGAAUUGGUAAUUUUGUCAAUGUAGCUUCCUUUUUUAAUAUAGCUAAAGAGUCUAUCCUUAAGCAAUUGGCCAGUAGAAUUAUGUUAAAAAUUGUUGUCAGUUCUUAUUGUUAUUAUAGUAAAGAAAGGGUAAUAAAACAAAAUUAUUCACUGA